GGAGGGGCGCCGCCGCCCGCCUCCUGGCCGCGGCCGCGUCCCCGGCCGCCAUCGAGGUGAAGGCCACGGCGCUGGCGUGCCUGCGCGGGCUGCUGCUGGAGAGCGGGGACGCCGCUCCGGAGCACCUGGAGGAGCACGAGAAUUUCCGCCGCUUCUUCUCGGAGUACCACAAGCUCGUCACCGACGAGGUCCUGCUCGUUCAGCGGCAGGCCCAGGACCUCUUGGCCCACGUGCUCCUCAGCCCCCAGUUCUGUGCGGUGAGGACGACGUACACUUCCAGCGCGCUGUGCCUGAAGCUGCAGAUGUCGCUCCUGCAGCACCCCGUCGCUUCGGUCCGGCUGGGGGCGUUCCACGUCUUCAAGAUCUUCGUCGCAAACCCCUACAAGAAGCGCAAUGUCCAGGCGCUGCUGUACAGGAACAGGGAGCAGCUCGCCCACAUCCUGCGCGGGCUCCGUGCCCUCAAGGAGGUCGACGACAGCUGCAGCGCCGACCUCGCGGCGGUCUCUGCCGCGCUGCUCGACCUGGCCGCCCCACCCAGCGUCUUCCGAGCAGGCCGGCCGGCCGGGCUCCGCUGAGCGGAAGGAAGUCCGUGCCGCCGGCGCUGCGCAGCGCGCCCGCGAGCAAGCGCGCCUCGGCGGCCUCGCCUGCCCUCGCGAGUUGGAACCUGCUUGCGCCCUCCGAGGAGCUCGGGCGGCGGCGGCGGCCAUCCUUGCCGGCCCGCCGUGCGCCCCUCGCAGGGGGCCCCAGACAGGUGCGCAGGUGCACCCUAAUACCUCCCCCCGCGGGCGCCGUGUGCGCCGCGGGGGCUCUGCGUCUCUCGGGAG